AGUUACAUUUUGUCACAGUAGAAGCGAUCAUGCUGAAGCUCAGCCUGGUAGCUUUGUUCAUUUUUUCUCUGGCAUGGCGAUCAACCCCCACCGCCUGUCGCCAGACCAACGCAUCCCAAAAUGUCCAGCAAAUUAUUGCCAAGCAAUUGCAGAGUUACAUGGACCUAAAGACGCAUCCAUGCGACAACUUCUACCAGUACGCUUGUGGAAACUGGCAGAUCCAGCAGCAGGAGCAGCACUCUCCGCGCGAUGGGCAGAGGGUCAUGGAUAGGGCUCCAUUCCACGGGCAACUGAUACCGAGCGAUACCUUGGGACUGAUCGACCAAUCCGUUAACCGGAAACUCGAAAGUGUGCUGAGGCGCAGAAACAAGAGCUCCUCCGAAAUAGACUCCACGAUUUUGGAACAGAUGCGCCGUUACUACCGUUCUUGCAAACGCCUUAGGCCGUACAACAUAAAAAAGUUUCUGCUGAUUCUGUCGCCAAGCAAUGGCACCCAAUGGCCGUCUGCGGGUCGUGGUUGGCGUCCAGAGCGGUUCGAUUGGAUAUUGACCUUGGGGCGACUGCGUUUGCACGGACUGAACGGGGUGCUAGUGAGGGAGGAUGUCUUGCCGCGGUGGGACGACUCGCGCACAUACUGCAUUUAUGUGAACAAACCGAGUCGCCAGGAGACGCUGCCCAUGGGUGAGGGCGCUGUGAUCGAACUGCUCCUGGACAUCGGACAAACCAAACGCACGGCCAACGCCUUGGGUCGCCUGGUGAACGACUUUGAGCAAAAAUUGCACCGCCUGCAGGAGCUGGAGGACGACGAGCUCGGUGCUCGGGAAAUGCAACUGGGCUACCUUGAAACGUAUCUGCCUCAGCUCCGAUGGUUGUCUUUCAUGCGCCAGGUGCGGACCGAUAUCGAGUUGGAUCUGCACUCCACACUGAUCAUCGAGAACAUUCCUUACCUUAGAGCCCUGUCCGACCUAAUGAAUUCUGAAGAACCGGAAACCGUAUGCAGCUAUAUUAUGCUCAAGUGGUUGACCUUCCUCAAAGAACAGGGUCCAGCGCAUAUCUCGCGGAGUGAGUGCGUUGCCAGCCUCAGAAGGGCUAUGCCCUUGGCGAGUAGCUGGCUAGUUGGUCAGCAGUUCUCCCACCCAGACUCAGAGUCUGACGUCCGCUCUCUGUUUCAGCGCCUUAAGGCACGCUUCACCCAAAUUCUGGCUGAGAACCGGCUUAGAUUGUCGUCGCCCCUUUUGCUCAUUCUGCACCAGAAACUGCGUGCAGUGCACCUGCAGUUGGGAUUUUUCCAGCCGGAUGAAGCGGAAAACUUGCAGCAGUACCACGUCAAUAUCGACCUGAGUGGCCAUUCCUUCUAUGGAAAUCAGCUGUUCCUACUACGCAAACGUGUGGAGGCAAACCACAAUCUGGUAUUCAUGAAUUCGACGAAUUCAUCGAACAGCGACGUCAGCUAUCUGGCAGAAAACUGGCAGGCCAGCAACUCGUCGCCACUGUAUGUAAGGCCCCGCAACCUCGUGUUAGUGCCCCACGGUCUGCUUCAGAUGCCCAUAUGGCACCGCAACAUCAGCGACCUGCAGCAGCAUGCCGUAAUAGGAUUCGCCUUGGCCCAUGAAUUGGCUCAUGGCUUCGACAUUACGGGAAUGGACUAUGACGCUUUGGGAAACAUCAUGGGGCCGAUAGAGGAGAUUGGGGCUAACAAGCAUUUCCGGCAAGGGUUCAACUGCCUGCAGCAGCAGAUGGGAACAGGCCCCAACUGGAUCGACGAGAAGCUGGCCGACUUCGUGGCUCUGCGCCUUUCAUAUGAAUCCUUUUUUGGCUUGCGGGCUGACAUAAAAGGGCGCGAUCCGCUGAUGCCGCAGUUCAGCCAGCGGCAGCUAUUUUUCAUCAGCUUCGCUCAAUUCUUCUGUGGCAAAACACCUUUACUUAGCCAGGGGUCACAGUCGGAAACUCAUCUAAAGCACGCCGUCAAUGAGUUGCGAGUGAUUCAGACACUGGGAAACUUUCAGGAGUUUUCCACGGAGUUUGGCUGCGAUAAAAAGUCCAAGAUGCAGACCAGUCAUCGGUGCCGCCUGUGGUGAGGUUUUUUUAGUUAUGCGAUUAUUCCAUUGCAUUGUUCGGCUUAUUCUUUAGUGGCUUAUAAAGGGACAAAUGUAUAUGACAGUAGCUAUUAAAAGCGGUUGCGGAGGUGUUUUUCGGCGGUUUUAAAUGUAUUUUGUA